UAUAGCGUGUGCAGGUUAGAAGGGAAGAAACCAUUAAAAAAAUCGAAAUUAAAAACACGGGUUUUUAGAGCGACUUUCUCUUAGUUUUAGCUCCGAUCGUGUUCGGUUUUACAGAUUUCCUUUGGGGAUCUGUGAAUUCUGGUUAAUUGGGCUCUAUUAUGCUAUUUGUCUUGUUGUAAUGAGCGUAUGAGUGGGUUUUGGGAAGAUGGAGAAUUUUGUCGCAUUGUCUCCUGCAGACCAUGGGAAUUUUUCCUUAGCUUACAAUCUGAGUUCCGUAGUGAGUUUAGCAAGUGACAACAGCACUGAAAAUAUGGAGGAUAACGGCUAUAUUGAGGCUCGCUUCAAUCCUGUUGUAGCGAUCAUUAUUAUGGGGUUGUUCAGCUUCGUUUUCUUUGUUGGCUUUUGCUACACCUGCCUCUUCGGCCGAUCGACCAGUGGGGAAGGCAGUAGAGCUUUCAGACGAGAGAUGGUCAACGAUAAUGUAAGGAUCGCGGAAACCAGGGGCCUGGAGCGGAUUGUCAUUGAGAGCUUUCCAGUAUUUAGCUACGAUUUGGUGAAAGGGCUAAAAGCCCAGGCCAAGGGAUCGGAGUGCCCGGUCUGCCUCGGCGACUUUGAGGACGACGAAAUGGUGCGCUUGCUUCCCAAGUGCAACCACGCAUUUCAUCCAGAGUGCAUCGACAUGUGGCUCUGUUCUCACAAUACAUGUCCAGUCUGCCGCACGAGCCUUGUGCCCACCGACGAGCCCAGCCCCUCGGGAACCGCCAUCGGUGUCGUCGAGGAGCAGGCAAUUGACGACGGAGCCGUCCGCAUCGAUAUUUCCAAUGACGAAGCAACGGACGAGGCACCGGAGGCGAGCCACGGUUCGGUGGAGCACUCGCUUGUAAGGGUGCGCAAGGAGUCGGAGGAAAGCCCCGAGUGGUACAUCGCCACCGCGGAGGGGCUUAAGCCUGGGUUGCACAGGAGCUGCAGCCUUGUUGAAAUAGAUCUUUCGGAGGGGGCAUCCACUUCUAGGGCAGCGCCCUCAUUCUCUAAGCCGGACGGUUCUACUAACGAUCCAGGGAGCAGAUCGAACUCGGAAAGACGGGGGAGCAUUCCGGCCUCGUUUUUAAGGACGUUUUCUGAACGCGCCGCCCCUCGGUCAGGUGAACAAGGUGGGAUUGAGCAGCCGGAUCGCAGAGCUUACUUUAAGAGGACAGUUAGUUGGCUGACGGGAAGAGAGAGAGGGCGAGAUAGAGGAGAGCCACAGAGGGGAUCGAGAUCAGGCUCCUCCAGGCAUGUUAAUCAAAGUUCUCCGAACGUUGUGCUGGAAGCUUAGAGGGAUGCAUUGUUAGUGGCUCUGUUCCCACGCGGGUUGCGUUUUUCGGUGCUGCUUUGCGUUGCCGACUUACAUGUUCCUGCUCACCAGCUCGUCCUCAUGUUCAAAUGUCGGCCCCACCCGUAGACAAAUUUUAAUGACAACCUACAUUUCCGGAACUUCAUGUUCUGCAACGACUGGGAAACCUCAUGGGUAGGGACGGGAAAACUAUAUGACAAUUGUGGGAGAACUUUAUGACAAUUGUAAUGAGGGGUCCUUCGAGAGGAAGCUACGUGCACCAUUCUGCACUGAGGUCACCCAUUUUGGUGUUUCUUUUCUUGUACAAUGCCCUUUGGUGCGAGCUCGAGAGGUUUCCCAUGAAGGCAAUGCAGAGAAUAAGGUAUUUGAACUCUUGAAUUCAGCGUCUAAAGACAAGCACAAUGCUUCUCUAAAGUGACGCUGAGAGCUUGUUUGCUGCACAACGGCCAUUCAGACACUCCUUUGUCAGCAUGUGUCGAAAGAAGGAGCGCAGGGAAGUAUUAGGAGUGUUAAUGCGCAUAUAGUUGGCAGUUAUGGAUUGCAAGGGGUAGCUCUUCAAGGAUGUGAAAAUGGUGAAGGAAAUGGGAUGGAUCCUGAAGAAAAUUUGCACUAUAAUUUCCUCUUGAACACAAGUAUAUCUAGUCUUGAUAAGGGAGACACUUUCCUAUUUCUUGGAACAAAUCCAAGAGUUGAAGCUCCAAUGGCAAAUACACAGAUCUAAGAAAAUACAUGCAAUGGUGACCUCUUUUGGCCCUCCCAUGGACUUAGCUUAUGAUCAUGAGUACUCUUGUGUUGGACUAGAAACUCUUAUUCAAAUAGUAGAAGGUAGGAAUUCAUUUUGCUCAAUCUUGGUUAAUUCAAAGAAUCCCAUUGUUGUUGUAGAGAA